UCCUUAUGUUUCAAGAACUUUCAAGAACUUUCACUAGGAAGUUAAAAACAGACACAAACAUCGCAAAAUGUAUCAAGUGUUCAAAGAAGAAAACAAUGAGUUAAAAUUGGAAAAGAAGUUUCUACUUAAAAUGUAUACAAGGAUUAACAAUAUUCAAUAAACUAAGUAAUUCAACCAUAUAAACUUUGUAAUGUUGUAUGAUGUAUGAUGCACUGAAUGAAUAAAUUUGAUUUGAUUUAAUUUGACUUGAUUUUGAUAAAAACAGGGAAUGCUUUGAUAGUGUGAAUGUAGACAUGGAAUUAAACAAUUUUAACGGGCAAUAUUCAUUGACCUCAGACACAGCAAUAGAUAUUUAUACUAAGAUUGCGCCGGAAGAUGUAGGGACUGAACAAGAACAAAUUUAUGAUACUCUUCAACAAAACACAGAGAAGCUUGAAGAUCAAACUACUCCUUCAGCCAAAAAGUCUACACCACAUUUGUUUAGGUGUACCAUCGUAAAUACAAUUUUUAUCGGAGUGUCGCUUAUCGCAGUAUCUGUUUGUUUAUACUUUUUAUUAGCUUCAAAUAGUAAAGGGGCAACGGUAACUGGUAUUUGGACAAACUGGUCAGUUUGGUCACCUUGUAACGUCAAAUGUGGACAAGGAUUCAAAUGGAGGAUUCGGACAUGCACGAGCGUUUCUCCGGCAGAUAAUGGCUUUGACUGUAACGGUAAUGGUACAGAAACAGUUCAGUGUCAAAACAGCGAGUGCUCUGGUUAGUCGCCUUAUACAAUGUUUUCUAAAUG